GUCUCUCACGAAGCUAGCUUACUACUCUACUGUACAACACAAAGUGGCCAGAGUGCGAUCAUUCGAGCACAGCACAGAGGCUGCCAGUGACAAGCUGUAUGAGAUAUCGAUGCAGGAAGAGGUCACCCCUCGUCUGCACUUUAUCAAGUUUGAAAAUGCGUACAUUGAAACGUGCUUGGACUUCAUCAAAGACCAUCUGGUCAACACGGGAACCAAAGUUAUCAAAGCCACUGGUGGAGGGGCACAUAAAUUUAAGGAGCUCAUUGAGAGGAAACUUGGUCUCAGAGUGGACAAAGAGGAUGAGAUGACCUGCCUUAUCAAGGGUUGUAACUUUGUGCUGAGGAACAUCCCCCAUGAGGCUUUUGUGUACGCCAAGCACGCUGACUCAGAGUUCCGCUUCCAGACGAGUCAUCCAGAUAUUUUCCCUUACCUGCUUGUAAACAUCGGCUCUGGGGUCUCCAUAGUCAAGGUUGAAUCAGAAGACAAAUUUGAGCGAAUAGGAGGAAGCUCGAUAGGUGGAGGGACGUUCUGGGGCCUGGGAGCCUUGCUCACCAAAACAAAGAGAUUUGACGAGCUGCUACAGUUGGCCUCUAAAGGGCAGCACGCGAGUGUUGAUAUGCUCGUCAAAGAUAUCUAUGGAGGAUCGUACGGGUCUUUGGGUUUGACUGGGGAUCUUAUUGCGAGCAGUUUUGGGAAAUCUGCAACUGCCGACAAAGCGUUUUCUAAAGAAGACAUGGCCAAGAGUUUACUCCAUAUGAUCAGCAAUGACAUCGGGCAGCUGGCCUGUCUGUAUGCCAAGCUCCACAACCUGACCAGAGUUUACUUUGGAGGCUUCUUCAUUCGAGGACACCCCGUCACCAUGCACACAAUCACCUACAGCAUCAACUUCUUCACAAAGGGUGAAGUUCAGGCCUUGUUCCUGAGACAUGAAGGAUAUCUCGGAGCUAUUGGAGCUUUUCUUAAAGGAGCAGAGGAAGAUAAUCCAAACCAGUACAGUUGGGGUGAGAAUUAUGCUGGAAGCUCGGGCCUGAUGAGUGUUUCUCCAGAUAUGAAUCCCAUGCAACGUGCUCGCAGUGGAACGUUUGACAUGUUGGAGAUGGACCGUCUGGAGAGGCAGCUGGUGAAUCUGCCGCUGCUGCAGGACCCUUCAUCUUACAUCCCCGACACCAUGGACCUCACGGAGGACGCUGUGGCUCGCGAGUACUGGCUCUACUGCUUCGAGGAGGCUUUGGACGGGGUGGUCAAGAGAGCUGUAGCGAGUCAGCCCGACGUACCAGAGGCAAUCGAGCGAGCGGAGAAGUUCCGUCAAAAAUACCGACACAAGCUUGAGACCCUCCGCCACCAGCCAUUUGCUUAUGGAUCCCUCACUGUCAGAAGUCUUUUAGACACGAGGGAACACUGUUUAAACGAGUUCAACUUUCCUGAUCCCUACUCGAAGAUUAAACAGAGAGAGAACGACAUGGCUCUGAAGUAUUACCAGAAGGCCGUGAGGUCUCUGGAGCAGUUGAGCUGGGAGCAGAGACAGUUUGCCCUGGUGCGGGGCGUCCUGGCUGGGAACGUCUUCGACUGGGGAGCCAAGGCCGUGUCAGAUGUCCUGGAAUCGGAUCCUGAGUUUGGGUUUGAGCAGGCCAAACAACAGUUGGAAGAGCGGCCGUGGCUCAUCGAUUCCUACGACCAGUGGCUGGAGAGACUAAAGGGUCCUCCUCACAAGUGUGCCUUGUUUUUCGUAGAUAAUAGUGGAGUAGACAUCAUUCUAGGGGUGAUACCUUUUGUUCGAGAGCUUCUCUCUCGAGGAACAGAGGUCGUGUUGGCCAGCAACUCUGGUCCGGCUUUGAACGAUGUAACGAACGGUGAACUGCAAAUACUGACGGAAAGAAUCGCUGCUAUGGAUCCAGUGAUUCAGGCUGGUCUGAGGGAGGACAGGUUGACGUUGGUCCAGAGUGGAUCCAGUUCUCCUUGUCUUGAUCUGAGCCGUCUGGACAAAGUGCUGGCGAUGGUGGUUCGAGAGCGGCAAACCGACCUGGUGAUCAUCGAGGGAAUGGGCCGAGCCAUUCACACCAACUACUACGCCAUGCUCAGCUGCGAGAGCCUCAAGAUGGCCGUCAUCAAGAACUCGUGGCUGGCCGACCGACUGGGAGGGAAGCUGUUCAGCGUGGUCUUCAAGUACGAGGUACCGGCUGGAAAGAUAACCAGCCAGGACUCUGCGGCGUUGACGCCAUUGUGAGCGAGGAGGUGUUUCAAAAGGACAGAGUGUCGAAGUCGAGCGACCAGAAGCGAUUAGCUGGAGCUCUGAAUGUAAGGAUGUCGAUCGCAUACUGCCACUGAGUGAAUGAUUGUGAAGCUGAUUGAAAUGUUUUGGCAGAUUUUUAACUGAUCAUUCACACGGAGGUUUUACAUUUUAUUUUAAGACAUUAUUGAUUUUACCGCAGGUUUCAUAUAGAGAAUUACUGUUGCUUCUUCCCGGGUCUCUGUCCAUUAUCCUCUACAAUCACUAAAGCUGUUUUCAGACAGGCGCCUCGGUUCAGACGUUUUCCUAAAAUUUUCUGGAGGGAAAUCAUGUGACAAAGCAAACGUCCAGGCCACUUGCUUUGGACAUUUUUCUGGAACUUUUCUGAAAACAUAUUGUCGGAGAGGUUUCUGAUGCAAAACUGAAAAAGAUUAACAAAUUUCUCGAGACAAAACGAGGUGCCGUGCAUAAAGAGGGCGUAGACAAAGAUGGAAACUUGGAGAGACAACGAUAUUCAAGAGCUUUCGGUGAUAAGGGCCGAUGUUGGUGUUAAUGUGCUGUAAACAAAAUGUAUACGUCACUUCCUGCUCCACACAUUUUCCUGUUGAUGGGAAGACGUCUGACCCAGAAAAUCUCCUCUUCAUUUAUGAAAGUCCUGAAAAUUACCAGACCCCAUUUUCCUAGUCUCCUGGACCCUAACUGCUGGCGUCAUCCGCACCCGGAGCAUGUCAUUCAUCACCAUCAGGGUCCAGUUAACUUGAACACUUGAGAUCUGCAGAUUGAAGGAGAAUGAUUUGGAAAGAAACUUUCAUUUCAAAAGAUUUACAUAUUCUGCUAACGCACGACGCUGUGCACCCAUUUGGACAAAUUACAUUGUUUAUGUGUGUUGUGUGUGUAAGAGAGAGAGAGAGAGAGAGAGAGAGAAAGAACCGCUGGAGUAAUUGCAGCUUUCAGCGGAAUCACAUUUUACAUGAAGUGUAAUUAACGUGCCUUGAGUUUGACGUGAUAAAAGCAUCGUUUACUCA